AUGGCAGCAAAGCAAAUCAUCACUCUCAUCACCGGUGCAAACCAAGGCGUCGGAUUCGAGGCCGCCAAAAACCUAGUCCUAAGCUCAGCAUCGUACCACGUAAUAAUCGGCAGCCGAAACAUCAACAGAGGCGCAAAAGCAGUGGCCGACCUCCAGUCCCUACCGGAAAUCAAGGGCACACUCGAUACAAUCCAGCUGGAUGUGGACGACGACAAAUCCGUUGACGCCGCUGCCGAGGCCGUAUCUUCCAAAUACGGCCGCCUCGAUGCCCUGGUCAAUAACGCCGGUAUCAACGACUUCAAUCCGGUUGUCCGCGACAACCUGCGCCGUGUCCUGGCUACUAACGUCGUGGGCGCGGCGAGUGUGACGGAGGCGUUUCUGCCUCUGCUUCGAAAGUCGGAUGAGCCGCGGUUGGUGUUCGUCAGUUCGAGUCUGGGGUCGAUCACGGGUGCUUCUGACAAGAAUUCGCCGUAUUAUCGACCGGCAGGGACGGAAUAUCGGGCUAGCAAGGCGGCGCUGAAUAUGAUUAUGGUGCAGUAUUCGCAUAUCUUGGGCUUGGAGGGGAGGAACUUCAAGGUUUUCUCAGCUGAUCCUGGUCUCAACGCAACUAACUUGACGAACGAUCCGGAUUCUCUCCGGGCUAGAGGCGCCCGUGAGCCGCAUGUUGGUGGAGGUAUUAUCGCUGCUACCGUCAAAGGGGAGAGAGACGCGGAUGUAGGGAAGAUGGUGGGUGCUUAUGGCGUGUCACCCUGGUAG